AAUGUAGUCUACGUACGGACGUACGAUCACGACCUGUCUAGUGUCUACCUAACCUACCUAAACCUAAAAAAUCAAGACUGUAAAGUAAGACUAAGGCUUACUAACUAACUAGGGUGUGCUCAUUAUAGGAAAAAUCUGUGUUGCAUCAGAUAAAAUAACUAUUCUCAAUUAUCUUGGACGAGGAUUGUUUGUUCACUACUCUGGCUGCUGAAGCCCGGAUACUAGCAGCAAUGAACAAUUCACCAACACAAUGGACCUAAAAAAUAGUAAAGGACAUAUUAUAAAUGGAACAUCAAUCUGUGUUGACUACUGGGUGUCGUCACCAGAAAAGAAAUUCGACCACUUCCUGACUCAUCUACACACUGAUAACACAGUCAGAUUGAACUCAAAUUUUCAAGGAAAAAUCUACUCGUCGCCCUUCAAUUGUUGGCUUCUUCAAAAAUGGUUCAAAAUCAAGCCAGAACAGCUCGAGGCACUGAGUGUCGGAGACACACACUUGGUGACCAACAGAGAAAACUAUAGUUUCUACUCCGUCACCCUGCUUGAAGCCAACCACUGCCCAGGCUCCGUCAUGUUCCUCUUCCAAGGCACAUUUGGAAACAUUUUAUACACCGGACACUUUCGUUAUAGUCCUACGAUACUUGAUCAUCCGAUGCUGAAAUCGCUAAUUGAAAAUGAAGCAGUGGACAUGCUUUACUUAGACAACACGUAUGCUGCUGAAAACUGUGAGUUUCCAUCACGCCAAGAAGCAUUGAAGGAUUUAAUCAAGCUCAUAAAGGAACACCCGGAUCACACUAUUCUGCUGGGUUUGAGAACACUGGGAAAGGAAGAGGUGCUUCGAGCUUUAGCAUUGGAGUUUAAGGAAAAAAUCUGUGUUAAAUCAGAUAAACUUACUAUUCUAAAACAUCUUGGCUACGAGGAUUGUUUGUUCACUCCUUACCUUUCUAAAGCCCGGAUACUAGUAGCUGAGAUGGAUGAAAUAAAUGAAAGAUUCAUCAACAAAGUACGAGCCAGCAAAGGUCCCGUGAUAGCCAUUGUACUGACUGCUCUCUAUAAUAAAAGACCUCCACAUACCAACACAGAUACAGACAUCAAUAACGGAAUUUACAAAAUCCCCUACAGUGAUCAUAGUUGCCACUCCGAGAUUGUGAAAUUUGUUUCUGAAAUUAAACCUAAGCAAAUAAUGCCAGUGGUAAGAAUCAGUGAAAAAUCAAAACUGUACCAUUGUAAUGUUAUACCGGAAAGCAUUUUAAAAUUUUGCAGAGACUCUGAAACUGUUGAAGAAAUCAGUCAAACUUUAUUCAAACCAGGUACUAGCGUUGGGGCUGCGAGUAGUCUAGAGAACAAUGUCAUUAGUUAUAUGACAAAAGGUUCAGUGGCUAGUUUUAAAACUGGGGGUUUCAAGACUAAAACUGCUCCAGCUUUAAAAGUAAAAGAGUGCAAUAGGCAAAAGCUAAAUGUUGAAAGAAAAGCUAAGGGUGAUCCUGAAUUGAUCUCAAGAAGAAAUUGUUCUCCUAGAGUGUCUUUUAAAGAACAUAAUCAAGAUGUCCGAGUUUCACAAAAAGUUAACGGGUCACCCUUUAGAUCGGCUUUGUCUAACCAGUUUUCAAAUCAAGAGUACUUAACUUUGUCUGACGAAGAACUGUCAGAGAAACAACAGGAUGUUCCAAACAAGUCAAGUGAACAAGCUACCAGUGACGUCGAAGUGAAUGCAGUUCAAAAAGGUUCCAACCGUAAAUAUCUAGAGAGUAAUGCAUCUUGUACAUCAGCUGAUUGUGAUGACUCUCCAAACAACCAGACUGUUAUUCCAAAUAAAAAUCUGAUUGUACCAUGUAUACCGCUGUUAAGUGAUACAAGCCAGUUUAUUUCAAAACAUUCUGUAAAACCAAUGUCGAAACGCAAUGCUGCAUCCGUCGAGGAACUAUCUUUGCGAAUGAUGAGAAAACAUGUGUUGAAGGAAAAGACUGUUCAUAAGGUGACAGACCGAAGAAUGUUUCAGACUAAUGAUAAGGCGUCUAAAAUUAAAGAACAUAAUCAAGAUGUCCGAGUUUCACAAAAAGUAAACGAAUCACCCUUUAGAUCGGCUUUGUCUACCCAGUUUUCAAGUCAAGAGUACUUUACUUUGUCUGACGAAGAACUGUCAGAGAAACAACAGGAUGUUCCAAACAAGUCAAGUGAACAAGCUACCAGUGACGUUGAAGUGAAUGCAGUUCAAAAAGGUUCCAACCGUAAAUAUCUAGAGAGUAAUGCAUCUUGUACAUCAGCUGAUUGUGAUGACUCUCCAAACAACCAGACUGUUAUUCCAAAUAAAAAUCUGAUUGUACCAUGUAUACCGCUGUUAAGUGAUACAAGCCAGUUUAUUUCAAAACAUUCUGUAAAACCAAUGUCGAAACGCAAUGCUGCAUCCGUCGAGGAAGUAGAUCAAGGUGUUAGGUCUGAACCAAUUGUUUUGCGAAUAAUGAGAAAAGAUGUGUUGAAGGAAAAGACUGUUCAUAAGGUAACAGACCGAAGAAUGUUUCAGACUAAUGAUAAGGCGUCUAAAGAAAGUAAUAAUAGCAGUGAUGACCACCGAAAUGUUUGUGGUAAAUUUUUCAUGGCAAGUCGUGUAAUAUCACCAGAAAAAUAUCCUCUGGUGUCUUACCCACAGUUACAAAAAUAUUUGACGUAUGCCAGACAAAAUAGUAUACCAGUUGGUUUAGAGCGUUCCAGUGUUAUGAAACAACUACUAAACAAGGGGCGAGUUGAAAAUGGGGAAUUGGUUCCAGAAGCAGAAAAUGGGUCCAAUUACUAUGAGAAAGUGAGAGAUUUUGUUUGGAGAAGCCAGUUUCAUUCUAAAAUUUAUAAUGAGCUUGAAGAUUUACCUUAUCAAAAAACACAUUUAAAUCAUGAUCAAGAGAAAGCUAAAACCUCAAUUUUAAAUAUAAUUUUUCAUUCAAACCAGACAACUUGUACUCCUGCUCAAGUAACUGAACAAAAUGUGGUAAGUGUACAAGAAGAGGACGAUAGUGAUGGAUCAUUGAUAGAAGUAUUGGACAAAUUACACAGGGAAAAUAACGGCAACACUCGUUCUAAAAAAAGAAAAAGAACAUAAUCCCAAGAUAAUUCUUAAACAAGUUCCCGAAGCUAAGAGUUAAAUUAGGUAUAACACGGAAUGAAUAUUCAUUUUAAUCCAAAAUCAAAUGUAAAAGUAUACAAUAAUUUAGUGAAUCUCAAUGAUAACAAAAAUGAAAAACAUGAUAGAUAAAAUUACUCUGAGAGGAAUCAUAUUUGGUAUUCUUUAAGAAUUUUGAUUCAAUGUACGAGGGCCGUUCAGAAAGUAGCCUCCGUUUUUCUAUAAAUAAAACACAGAAGUAGAACCAUAUUUUUAUUUCAUACAUCUUAAAACUACAUAUUUCCUCUACUUUUCAACAUAGUUUGCUUGGACAUUUUAAACACUUAACAUAGCUAUGGACCAACUUUAAAAUUCCCUCUUUAAAAAAAAAUCAACCGCCAGUGCCUUGAGUCAUACCGUCACUCCAUCUUUCAGUUACAAACUAAGGUUAUUUCCCGAACUGCCCUCGUAUAAAAUUUGGAAGCAGAAGGCAAGGAAGUUGAACAUAUUCUAAUGAAAUUGCCUAUAGAAAACAGUUGACAAACUGGUUUCAAUAUAAGGUUUAGGAAAAUCAUGCUGAGAGUUAAGGCUGAGGAAGUUGAUAUCUCUAGACUUUCGGUUUUGUUGGUUAUAUUGUUAUGCUUGUAAAUAACAACCCCUCCUUUAGUCCUUUGAUAUGUUCUUUCCUUCCAUAUGCACUGAUAAGUAUGUAGUCAGCCAAUUUAGAAUGGUGUAUUGCAUUACUUUUUAGUCCAUGUUCUGUAAGAAUUACAAAGUCCAAAUAGUGCUGUGUAGAAGGUGUUCCAGUCUUUCAGUUUUGUUUGUCAUCCUGUCCAUGUUUUGGAGAAAGAAGGAAAGUUGAUUUGUAUUUUUACUUAUUGAUUUUAUUUGAACUUGCUUUCUUCUUUGUAGUUUAGCCUGUUUGCUGUGUGUAUCGAGUUUGUGUGCUUAGCUGUCUUUCCUUCUCUAGUUGGAGUUCUACUUCAUUUAGUGUUUCAACCAGUGAAGCAUUUCGGGAGAGCAAGAUUUCAUUGUCAUUUUCAAGCUCUUCAAUUUUUGCCUCAGCAAGGUUAUCGUCUCUGAAGUCUUGGCAUUUUAAGGAAUAAAAUUUUUGCUUUAUAUCAUGUAGUUCUUGCUUUAAUUUAUUAUUUUCUAACAGUAAAGCAUGUCCAGCUUCCUCAGCAAGUGUGAGCGAUGUCUCUAGAUCAUCAGGAUUUUGUUCUUGUUCUUGUAAAUCUUGUACUUUAUUUAGGACAUC